AUCCCGUUCGUUGUCAUUAAAACCAACACUCUCUCUACCUCUUUGUCGUUCUCUGUCACUGCUUUUGGCGCCAAAGCAACAGUCAUGACAACCCUAGAUCCAUCUCACAAUAUCUUUCGCGACCCCUCUGGCCGACACGCUCAAGCCGUGCAUCGAGCAGACGAUAUACCCCUCGAUGAGAAACGAGCUGGAAUUAUAGACGGGGAUUCAGAGGACGAAGUGGAUGAUCUCUCUAUCGAUGAUCGAUUACCUGCUCGUGUCAAUGCUGAGAGAAAGGCUAAGCGAGAUGCUAGGAGAAGGGUCAGAGGAGCUAUGCCUCCAAUGCCUGAUCUGAGAUACGAGCAGUCGUAUCUUUUAUCCAUCCGCCCUUUUCUCUCUCCUUCGACGACUGCCUCUUCUUCACGCACCAAGAGCACGGCGGAUGCAUCACAAGCCACCACUUCUCUGGUGCAAUCAGCGGACAACGAUGCGGUAUUCGGUUGGGAUAAACGUUGGCGAGUGGAUUGGUCAAUGGUUAUCUAUGUCACUAUCCGGGAUCAGCUGUUCUCUCCUUUGAUUCAAGGUGCUUUAUGGGGCUGGGGAACUCUGUUUUUGGCCGCUACAGCAACAUCCAUCAGAGCUGCAUUAUACCCCGCUUCCCACAUCCUACAGAACAGAGUCACUCUUCAGUCUGACCCUCAGGCUUCUGGACUUAUGGGUGAUCUGAGAUCGGGAGCCGGUCGAAAAGGAGAAGAGAGUGGGUGGUGGAGACGCUGGGUGAGCAGUUGGGGAGGAGGUGUUGAAACUGCGACGGUCGGCUAGAGUUGUUUCUCUCGAUGGUGACUGAGUAAGACACGCAAUAUAUCAUGUAGCAUCUAUCACGAAGCUCUCGCCGUCACUUAAGCCUUGACCGGUCCAUCACACGUCAUUGGCUCUGCUUCUUUGGCUUUCUCGGCGGCGCUAGGGGGGUUGUAUUCUGCUCCGAUAGCUUUGGCGAGGUGAAUCAGAUCGGUAUGGUCAGCAGUAUUCUGCAUCCGGUGAAAGAAGGA